AGAAGUGUGUCGAAACAAGGCCUUGAUAGGCUACUCGCUGUUGCUAUGACAUCGCUGCAACAGACGCCUCAGAGUGAGGCAUUGUGGGAAACAAACGGCGCUUUUGUUUUAAAAGAGGAUUGGCGUGAAUAAACUGAAUCAACAUGAAGAGUUUUUUUGUUCUUGCUGACAGAGCCUGGGCAGGUUCUUGUGUUCUGUACAAGUGGCAGAAAAGUCUUGGAAAUUACAUUGCUGUUGCUGGACAGGACAACUCAGUGAAAAUAUUUGAUCGACAUGGACAGAAGUGGACUGAACUCAACCUUCCGGGGCGCUGUGUGGGGAUGGACUGGGACAAGGAUGGUGACAUUCUGGCAGUGAUUGCUGCAAAGUCCAGCUCCAUCUUCUUCUGGGAUGCCAGCAUCAAUAAAACAUUGCAGAUAGACAGCGGCAUGAGCAAAGAUCUGAUGACUUUCAUCCUGUGGUCAAAAACCGGCCCCCUGUUGGCUGUAGGGACGGCAAAAGGAAACCUGCUGAUCUAUAAUCAACAAACUUCACGCAAGAUACCCAUCUUGGGCAAACACACCAAGAAAAUCACAUGUGGGUGCUGGAGUUCUCAGAAUCUGCUGGCUCUGGGAAGUGAAGACAACACUCUUACCAUCAGCAAUCACGAAGGAGACACAAUAAGACAGGCAUCGCUUCGGGGUGAGCCUGCUGAAAUAUUUUUCUCAAUGAUGAAAAUGGAUGAAAGGUCCUCUCAAGGGGAGAAUACUGUGAGUAUGUCUGUGGACAAGAAGAUACUGACACUUUUCAACAUCAACGACCCCCAAAACCCAAUUGAGCUGGCCUUUGAGCGCCAGUAUGGAAACCUCGUAUCCCAUCGCUGGUUUGGUGAUGGGUACAUCCUGAUUGGCUUUUCCCACGGAUACUUUCUGGUUAUUUCCACUCACAUCAGGGAGAUAAGGUCUGAGCUCUACCAGGCUCGCAACCAUAAAGAUAGUCUAUACAGUGUGGCCAUCUCAGCUUCACUAAACAAAGCUGCUUCCUGCGGGGACAACUGCAUAAAGAUCCAUGAUCUGUCUGAUCUCAAAGAUAUCAGCAGUGUUAUUCAGUUAGAUGAUGAGACCAAAGGUCUGGAUCAGCUGAGCUGGACAGAUGACGGCCAGCUUCUGGCACUUUCCACUCAGAGAGGCACGAUUCACGUCUUCUUGACCAAGCUACCAAUGCUUGGGGACAGCUUUGGUACCCGGCUGGCCUACCUCACCUCCCUGCUGGAGGUCACCGUCUCCAACCAGGUGGAGGGGGAGAGUCCCGUGGCCAUUCAGGUGGAGGUAGAGCCCACAUUCGUAGCAGUGGGACCGUACCAUGUGGCUGUGGGGAUGAACAACAGAGCCUGGUUUUAUGGUUUGUCAAAGAUAAAGGACAUCGAGUAUUUGGGGACCAUAGCCAGCAUGUGCCUUAACGCUGACUACGCAGCAGCUCUCUUUGAAGGAAAAGUGCAGCUACACAUGAUUGAAAGCAGAGAUACAGAGGACAGGAAGCAGAUGAAGCUUUUCCCAGAUGAUGACAGAAAAGGACGGAUCCUUUGCCACGCCCUUACUCCAGACUUUCUUUAUUAUGGCACUGAUCUGGGUAAUGUGGUGUGUGCGCUCCUGGAGGACUGGGAGACUGUGAACAGCUACAGCCAUUCAGUCGGCGUGAGGAAGGUGUUCCCUGACCCAAACGGCACAUGGUUGAUGUUUAUCGAUGACAAGAAUGGAGGGUUCUUGUUCUCCCCUGCAAAUGUAACGGUGUCCUGCUUCGAGCUCCCCAACUUCUCUCCCACCAUCACAGGAGUGCUGUGGGACCACUGGCACGCAGACAGAGGUGUAUUUGUGGCUUUUGACGAUGACAAGGUCUACACGUACGCUUUGCAUAAAACGACCAUAUAUGGUCCCCAGGUGGUGUUAGUGGGGAGCACUGCACUGCUCUACUCUCAAAGGCCUCUGCUGAUGUACAACGGCGAGCUGACCUGUCAGACGACAAGCGGGAAGACGAGUGAAAUAGUUCUGAGCACACACUCGUUUCUCAAAAGCUCACCUGAUACACUGAAAGACCGCCCUGCAGAGCUCAGCAAAGAGCUCUCUCAGGCUCUCAAGCUCAAACGGUUCCAGGAGUCUUGGAGUCUGUGCAAGUCUGGAGGCAGUGAAGCUGAUUGGGCCGAAUUAGGCAAAGCCUGUUUGAUCCACAUGGAAGUGGAGCUGGCCAUUCAGAUCUACCGUAUGAGUGCCAACGUGGGCAUGGUCCUGUCAUUACAGAGUAUACAGGGUAUAGAAGACAAAAGUUUACUGGCAGGACAUUUGGCCAUGUUCUUGAACGAGUACAACCUGGCCCAGGACCUUUAUCUGUCCUCAAGCUGCCCAGUAGCUGCUCUGGAGAUGAGAAGAGACCUGUUGCACUGGGACAGCGCUCUUAUGUUGGCCAAGAGGCUUGCAGAGGACCAGAUUCCCUUCAUAUCCAAAGAAUACGCAGUCCAUCUGGAGUUCAUUGGAGAUUAUGUUAACGCUCUGGCACACUAUGAAAAAGGCGUGACGCACAACAAUAAAUUCCAGGAGCAUGAUGAGGCGUGCCAGGCUGGCGUAGCCAGGAUGUCCAUCAGGAUGGGUGACAUACGAAGAGGAGCAGCUCAGGCUAUUCAACACCCAAGCAGAGUCCUCAAGAAGGAAUGUGGAGCCAUACUAGAGAGCAUGAAGCAAUUCUCUGAAGCCGCUCAGCUGUAUGAAAAGGGGCUGUACUAUGAUAAGGCUGCGUCGGUUUACAUUCGCUGCAAGAACUGGGCGAAGGUGGGAGAGCUGCUCCCAAAUGUCUCUUCUCCAAAGAUUCACCUUCAGUACGCAAAGGCCAAGGAGGCGGACGGCAAAUAUAAAGAAGCAGCUCAGGCCUAUGAGAGUGCAAAAGACUGGGAUAACAUGAUCCGUGUGCUGCUGGACCAUCUGAACAAUCCAGAGGAAGCAGUUCGCGUUGUCAGGGAGACUCAGAGCAUCGACGGAGCAAAAAUGGUUGCCAGGUUCUUCCUGCGCCUAAACGACUAUGUAUCAGCCAUCCACUUCCUGGUUCUGUCUCACUGUAAUGAUGAAGCUUUCCAGCUGGCUCAGCAGCACGGACAGAUGGAGGUCUACGCAGACAUCAUCGGCGCUGAAGCGACGCAGGAGGACUAUCAGAGCAUUGCUCUGUACUUUGAGGGAGAAAAGAAACACCUUCUGGCUGGCAAGUUUUUCCACAAGUGUGGACAGUACAGCAAAGCUCUAAAUCAUUUCCUAAAGUGUCCCAAAACUGAAGACAACCAGGCAAUUGAGCUGGCCAUUGAGACGGUGGGACAAGCCAAAGACAACUCUUUGACCAAUAAGCUGAUUGAAUAUCUCCUGGGAGAAUGUGACGGGAUGCCUAUGGAGGCAAAGUACCUGUUCCGUCUCUACAUGGCCCUGCAGAGAUACAGCGAGGCUGCUCACACCGCCAUCAUCAUUGCCAGAGAGGAGCAGUCAGCAGGGAACUACCGAAAUGCCCAUGAUAUGCUGUUCAGCAUGUACACGGAGCUGCAGGCUCAGAAGAUUAAGAUUCCUGCAGAGAUGGCGACCAAUCUGAUGAUCCUACACUCGUAUCUGCUGGUCAAGAUCCACGUAAAGACAGGAGAUCAUCUCAAAGGGGCACGGAUGCUCAUUCGGGUCAGCAACAACAUCAGCAAGUUUACUGCACAUGUCGUCCCCAUUUUGACAUCGGCAGUCAUUGAAUGCCAACGUGCCGGACUGAAGAACUCAGCCUUCAGCUUUGCAGCCAUGCUGAUGAGACCGGAGUACCGAAACCAGAUCGACCUAAAGUACAGAAAGAAGAUCGAGGCUCUGGUUCGUCAUCCCGACAUGUCUGAGUUAGAGGAGGAAACCACACCCUGUCCGUUCUGCGGCUUCCAGCUGCCGCAGAACGACCUGAUGUGCAUCUCUUGCAAGAACAACAUACCCUACUGCAUUGUCACGGGCCGUCACAUGCUGAAAGAAGACUGGUCCAUCUGUCCUCACUGUGAAUUCCCUGCACUCUACUCUCAGUUCAUUCUGCUGCUGGAGACCGACUCAGUGUGUCCCAUGUGUUCUGGGAAUCUGAGUGCAAAACAGGUGGAGAAGAUCUCAGAUUGUUCCAGGUACCUGCACAACAAUGAUCUGGACCAAUGACCACACAUGUACCCUCACCACCAAACCGGAGGACCAAUUUAAAAGGAAAACAAAAAGUGGUUUGUGUCCAUUUUUGUUCAGAUGACACGCGUUUAUUUUACCACCAAAGGGUCACAGUGAGAAUUUCUUUAAAACUGUGAAUUGUGUCUCUUCUGAACCUCAAAUCCCAAUAGUUUUAACAUUUUAGUUAACUCUUGUAUUCUUAUGACUGUAGCUGUAAAAUGUUCCUGAUCAGUGAAAGCUGACCAAGCUGGUUACUGUAAUAGACUCCCUGAGUGGAAAUGCAGAUGUUAUUGAAAGAAUACCCAAAGGUUGGCCCACUGUGACUCAAUGGAAGUUGUGAAUCAGUUUCAAAUUUGUAAAAUAUUUUCUUACAAUGUAAAUAAGAAUUCAAUUGUUUUUGAAAAUAAUUGAUUAGUUAACUGUUAAUGUUCAGAUUUGCAUUUAUCCAAUGCCUGAUCUAGUAAACUCACUCGUUUCCCUGUGAAGUAGGCAACAAGAUCCUCAUCUGCAUAUUGUAGAUCGUCUUUGUCUAAAAUGGAUCAGGACAAAUGGGUUGUCAUGGUUGGAACGCCUCUUCAAUGGCGGUUCAUAAUUUUAAGAAAGAGGACCAGAGAGUGUGUUCCACCUAUCAGACCUCUCAGCAGUACCUGUGCCCACAUUCUUGGCACAAAACCGAGCCCGUUUCCAUUUGGAUUCUGCCGGGGCUUCCCCUUGUCACCGAUCCGGUUUGUGGUGUUCCCGGACUGGAUCCCAAGGCGUAGUUGUGGAAACCUCGGGGUCACCCCUUUGCUUUUUGCCAAGGAUGUGGUUUGCUCCAGUGCUCCUCUACAUCUGAGGCCAUGGUUCAGAUGGAUUGGUCCUUUUGGGUUGUGGGUCAGUUUCUAGGUGUCUUGUUCACGAGUGACAGUAGGAUGGAGCCGCCUUGGAAUCACCCAGAAUGAGCUGGAGGUCCAUCACUGUGGAGAGAUACGUCCAGAGUUUCCCUCCAUGACCCGAUGCCUCUGUGAUCUGAUCUCAGAUGAGAGGAAACACUGGACGGAUAGAACUACGCUAAAACCUUGAACUUGCUAAGGGACAUCUACUCAAAUUAGCAAGAUGUAUAUUUCACCCUGUAUUUAUGUUAAUAAUAAUAAUCUGUGUGGACUAAAGAAAAUCCACAAUAAAAAAAUCUAACUUGUUUACCAAA